GCAAUCGCGACGCCGCACUAAAUUGUAUCGAGUCUCCAAUUCAACAUCAAGCAGCACAGCCUCUAUCAUCGUCGAAGUGACCACGCGCCCCUCGUUCCCUUUGUUUGAACAGCAAUUAGAAUCGAUUUCGUUUUCUCUUCCUGGUCUACUUCAUUCAACUUUUGCGUCUCGAUUCACUAGAUCUUUUCUGCAUCGCUGCAUAUCGCCCCCUCCUUUCGAUCCUUGUGCAGACACAUGCUCAGCUGCACGCCGAAUGCAACGCCAGGGUUUCUUCCACAGGUGAAGGUAGUUUCUACGCAAUCCCGACAAAGCUACAUCCAUUCAAACCGCAGUUUGGACCACAAUGCCUCUGCUUGAGGUGUCACAUAACGCCAGGGAGCCAGAGUCCUCUGGGCGCAAAAGAAGUCACCACGAGUUCUCCGCCGAGCCGGGGAAAGUUGAUCCGGCUGAAGAUGUUAAGAACAUCUCGCCAAUGGAUAUUCGAGAACCCAACAAUGACUCACCUCCAUCUUCACCGUUAUCAUCGCCUGCCCUAUCAGAAGUUGGAGAUGACACAGUGGCACGCGACCCAUUACUGUCAUCACCAGCCAAAGCCGUUGCAAAACUAGACAUCUCUGGAUCCUCCGCACCAGCAUCAGACUCAAAGCCUUCCGCAGACAUGAAUCCACCGCCGAAACGGAAACGCCUCACGGCGGCAGAAAAAGAAGCCCGAGAUAAGGAACUUGCCGAGAAAAAGGAAGUCCGAGAAAAGGAGCUCGCCGAGAAAAAGAAGGAACGUGAGGAGAAGGCAGCAGCACAGGCCGCGGACAAGGCUAAAAAAGAAGAAGAGAAAGCAGCACGAGCAAAGGAGAAGGAAGAGAAGCGAAAGCUGAAAGAAGAAGAGGAGAAAGUCAAGGCCGACAAGAAGCGAAAGAAGGAAGAGGAAGCUGAGCGGAAAGCUAGAAGUCAGAAGACUCUAGGCAGCUUCUUCAAGAUUCCCAGCACUCCCAAGAAACCCGAAGGAGAGGAUGUGGCUAAAGAAAACAGCCCCGCAAAAGCCAGCUCCUCGGUGGUCGAGAAACAGACAGUGUCGGAAUACUCCAAGAUGUUCAAACCAUUUUUCGUCAAAGAAAACACUCUACUGGCGCCGAUGGUAUGCCAGAUGGAUGAGACGACUCGGGAAGCGAAAUCGAAAAUCCUGGACGACUAUAUUGCAGGCCAGAGCAGCGAAAGUGCUCCUCCACAAUUCAACCCUCAAGAGGCAUUCUCCUUUCCCAGUCUCCCUACACCCCGUGGCAAGCUGCAUCAGCCAGUCCGGCAUUUGAUGGAGACUGCUUACAAGGCUUCGCAAGAUGCUGGGAAGAGUGGUAGUGCAGAUUCUAGCAAGAUUUUGGCGGAAUUCCAGGCUGGGCUGAGCAAGAUCCCUAUGAAAGUGAUUGCUUUCUCACAGGAUGUGCGUCCUCCCUACUACGGUACAGUAACUUUCAAGCCCUUUGCUCUUGGCAAAGGAAACAUGCAGAAACUAGCACGAAAAUCAACGGGCCGUCGGCUACCACUCGACUACGACUAUGACUCGGAAGCUGAAUGGCAGGACGAGGAAGAAGGCGAGGAUCUCGACCUGGAGGAUGAAGAAGAGGAGUUGGAUGACGAGGAUGAUAUGGACGGCUUUCUUGAUGAUUCCGAAGAUGUUGGCCUCUCUAGAAGAGUAUUUGCCGACACCUUGAAGCCCGAGAUUACGGGCCCAUGCUUUGAGAACCAGAACCGGAAAGGCACAGUCCCAGCUCUGAACGACAGCAAGAUGGAGUUCAUUCAUGAGGGUCUCAACCAGCUAUGGGACAUUGAUCCAUUUUCUACGAAAUACUGGGAACCAGAGCCUAGCAAGGUUGCCAAGAGCAAAACACCAAAGGCCAUUAAAGCCGAGAACGAUGUCAAGGCUCCCCCGCCUGCCCCGACAAACGCUUUUGCCGCCUUGGGAGGUGCUGCUGGCUCCACCUCAGCCCCAGGUAAACUUGUCAAGCCCGAACUUCUAAACGAGAUCAAACAGGCCAUCUUAGACAACAAGGCUCUCUCCAAAGUCGGCAUUGUUGACUUCAUCUUCCAUCAGUUCAAGGAUAGUGCUUCACGCUUGGAAGUCAAGAACACGAUUGAGCAUGUUGCGGAGAAGAAAGGUGCCGGCCGAGCCAAGGAGUGGGAGCUGAAGCCUGGCCAUGAGAUUACUCUCUGAGGUGUUUUUCUCUUUGGGUGGUUUCGCUGGCGACAAUCUUCCGUUACGAUUGAUGAUAAUCGGCUUAGCAUGGAGUUCUUUGGACGAUAAUAGGUCAUUCUGGUUGCUUUGAGGGUUUCCCAAGCUGGUUGCAAGCUUUGGGCUGGGGUAUAUUAUUCGCAUGGCUGAGGGGGUAUAUUAUAUAGAUACAUUGUGCUAGUUAGAGCAUGUACAGCAUCUGCAGAGUGGCAAGCAAAGGGAUUUAAUUCGAGGGAGCUGCAUCAUAGCAUUCAAUGAAUAUUCAUUCCUCUUG